GCAGCUCCUUCUUCAGUCUGAACUCACAGAUUCACAAAUCCCCACACUUAUAAGAGGGGAUAAAUUUCCCUUUUAGUCACUCACUACUGAUCUGAAAUCACCUCGAUUUCACCAUAAGGAAGUAAUCGGAUCAAUCACAGAGUUUUCGAAGAUAUUCGACAAAAUGCCUGAAUCAAGAAAUCGGCUAUCGACCGAAGACAGCGCCAUAGCAUCUUACAACCAAAGGCGAGUUUCAAGAACUGGUGAUAGGAGUUCGAUAUCUUUUGUUCUUGAAGAUGAUAAUGAGGAAGGGCUGAAUGCAAGGACUCCAUUCCAGUGGAGAGAUACAACGUUGGUCGGUAAUCCUGGAUCAGCUGGAGGUCCUCUUGGGACCCCUGGAAUUAGGCCUCAAAGCCGUGGAGGUAGUUUUGGGACUCCGAAAAUCAGGCUGGAAGGGAAGGAGAACUUGUCACCUGUGGUGGGGAGUGGCCGAGGCACAGGCGGAAGUCCAUUGCCUGCUUGGUAUCCCAGAAGGCCUCUCAAUGACAUCACUGCUGUAGUGAGGGCAAUUGAAAGAAGAAGAGAGCGAGAAAGAGAUGGUGAAGGCCCUCAAGCUCAAGAUCAAGCAAGCAUAGGCAAAGUUCCCAAGAUAUUGCUCGAUAUCACGACUCAAAAGGGGGGAGGCGCAGCUUGCAUGACGCCGCAGAAGAAGCUCUUGAACAGCGUUGACACAGUCGAGAAGGCGGUGAUGGAGGAGCUUCGGAUGAUGAAGCCCUCUGUCAAGAGAGGUGAGAGGGAGAAAAGGGUGCGGACUUUGAGGUCCAUGCGCUGAUGAGAGAAAGCUCGUUGUAGAUUCGAUUAAAGCUCAUUUAGGACUCUCAACCAAGGUUGAGACUAAAGGAUUUUGAGAUGGGGGCAUGGCUGAUCAUCAACUGAUGAUCCAACUCGAGAGUUUUCUUUUAGGGGGCAAGAUACAAGUAUUGUUGAUUUGUUUGUAGCUUUUCUCAUGCUACAAAUCACAUUUCAUAUUCAAUUCUUGAUUGGAAGUGUAGUCAGGAUACAG